AUGGCUCAGCAGGAAUACAAGAAGCUUAGUGACAACCUGUUGACAUACAAAGGAAUGGUCUUUCCAGUGGGUGGCAAGCAAUAUCUUACUAAAGACUAUAUUGAUAGUUUAGAGGAAUUUGAAAUAAGGGAUGAUGAUGUCUUUGUCAUUACCUUUCCGAAAACAGGUACAGUAUGGACCCAAUGGAUAAUGACUUUACUGUAUGAGGAAGAUUUACAUGAAAAAGCAGACACAACCACGCGUGAGCAGAUGCCCUGGUUAGAGUUACCGCAAAGGGGGAAAGAUUACAAGUCACGCCCGUCCCCAAGACUUUUCUGUUCCCAUUUACACGAGCACAUGGUGCCAAAGGGGCUACAGGGAAAAGGAAAAAUCAUCUACAUCAUGAGAAACCCCAAAGACGUCAUGGUGUCAUAUUUCCAUUUUUCCAGAGAUAUGAAGAUACUGGAUUCUUCCGAGAGCUACGAGGAGAUGCUGGAGAAGUUCUUCUCAGGGUGGAUGUUUGGUGGCUGUUGGUUUGACCAAGUCAAAGGAUGGAUCACAAAUAAAGACAAAUACGACAUCCUGUUCCUCACUUAUGAAGAGAUGAUCAAGGACUUUAGAUCGGUCAUUCUGAAAAUCUGUGAGUUUGUGGGGAAGAACCUGUCAGAUGCAGCGAUUGAUAAAGUGGUGGAAACAGCCACUUUCAAACACAUGAAGAAAGAACCCAAAGCCAACUAUGAAUUCCUUUCAGAGGAUAUUACCGACUGUCCAAAAGGACUAUUUCUACGCAAAGGAACGGUUGGCGACUGGAAGAACGCAUUAACUAUGGCUCAGAGUGAACGAUUUGACCAGGUCUACCAAGAAAGAAUGAAGGGUCUUCCACUUAGCUUCCACUGGGACAUAUCAGAGUUACAUGGUUGA